UGGUGGACUAUUUGAACCCUAUUCUCAGCAAAAUCAUCGCCUCUUGCUCCAGCGUUAGGGUUUCUUCAUCGUCCCAAGUUUAGAGAUCCUUUAGAUUUCGCGGUGCUUUUACACUUAAAGAUUCAAAACAUGGCUACCACUACGGCAAGGUCUUUUCUUCAAGUCGCCGCAACGGAGGAGGCUGCACCCCCUCUUAGAGUCGUCCAGAUUGAGGGACUGGUUAUCCUGAAGAUAAUUAAGCAUUGUAAGGACCACUCACCUUCUUUAGUCACUGGACAACUUCUUGGAUUGGAUGUUGGCAGUGUUCUUGAAGUUACCAACUGCUUCCCCUUUCCUAUGAGGGAGGAGGAUGAGGAAAUUGAAGCUGAUGGUGCUAAUUACCAGCUUGAAAUGAUGAGGUGCUUGAGGGAGGUUAACGUUGACAAUAAUACUGUUGGAUGGUACCAGUCUACAUUGCUUGGCUCCUUUCAGACUGUGGAGCUGAUUGAAACCUUUAUGAAUUAUCAGGAGAAUAUUAGACGCUGUGUUUGCAUAAUAUAUGAUCCAUCAAGGUCUGAUCAAGGUGUCCUAGCUCUGAAGGCUUUGAAGCUUUCUGAUUCGUUCAUGGAACUCUAUCGCAGCAACAAUUUUACUGGAGAGAAAUUGAGGGAGAAGAACUUAUCAUGGGUGGAUAUCUUUGAAGAAAUACCUAUCAAAGUUUCAAAUUCUGCCCUUAUCAGUGCUUUUAUGACGGAGCUGGAACCUGAUACUCCAGUCACCCAGUGUGAUUAUGAUCGUCUGCAAUUAUCAACCAGUUCAUUAAUGGAGAGAAAUAUGGAAUUUUUGAUUGAAUGCAUGGAUGACUUGUCACUAGAACAACAAAAGUUCCAAUUCUACUAUAGGAACUUGUCUCGGCAGCAGGCUCAGCAGCAAGCAUGGCUUCAGAAAAGAAGGGCAGAGAACAUGGCACGUAAAGCUGCUGGAGAGGAACCUUUGCCUGAGGAAGAUCCUUCAAACCCCAUUUUCAAGCCACUCCCCGAGCCAUCACGGUUGGAGAGCUUCCUCAUAACAAAUCAAAUUUCCAACUACUGCAACCAAAUCAACGGGGUGUCAGGACAGAGCUUUAAUAGACUCUAUUUGAUGAAGGCUUUGCAUGAGGAUUGAAACUGCAAUUUUUGCUAGUGAUUCUUGAUGCUUGCUUUAAUCCAAUUUCCUUUCCGUAUAGGAUGAGAAUUUUAUGGCGAAUUUGGUAGUAUAUUAGAGCAUCAUGCUUUUAAGGCGACUAAUUUAUGAACCCAAUUGUAAGCAGUAUAAUCUGUUCUUUAGAGAUACAUGCAAUAUUUAUUGGUCGUUAAUUUUUUUGGAUCUAUGAUCUAUUAUUUGGUUUUCAUUACGAAACGCAU